AUGGAUGAAGGCGAGAAAAAUACAAGAUAUUAUCACACUUAUGCUACAGCCAAGAAGAAGAGCAAUCAUAUUCUGCAAAUUACUUGGGAGGAUGGAUCGUUGGUUUCAGAUCAUGAAGAUAUCCAUAAGAUUAUGGAGAAUUUUUUCAGAAAUAAGUGGUGCAAGCGCAGCUGUGAUUUGAAAAAUUGGCCAAAUUUCAAAAGUUAUGAUGGCAUUCAGGUUAAAAUGAGGAAAAUUCUGGAAGCUGAAUUCACUAUAGAAGAAUUGAAGAUAACACUCAAUAAUAUGGGCAAUAACAAAUCUCUUGGAGCUGACGGUGCAAAUGCCUAUUUUUUCAAAAAUUAUUGGAGCAUUGUGGAGAGAGCAACAUGGAAUGCUGUUAAUAAUUUUUUCAAAAUAGGGGAAAUACCAGAGCAAUGGAAGGAAACGGUGGUUGUGCUGAUUCCGAAAAUACAGAAUGCUAUGGAGUGUUCCAAAUUCAGGCCAAUUUUCCAAUGCCAAACGAUUUACAAGAUGGUUGCUGGUAUGAUUCUCAAUAGAUUUAAAAAUUGCCUUCCGGGAGUCAUUUCUGAAUUCCAGGGUGCGUUUGUACCAAGCAGGAAUAUUUCGGACAAUUAA